AUGUACUUGAGAGAAGCUCUGGCUCUUGAAAACGGUGCUAGGUAUAGAGGAGAGCAGCUUACCAACGGAGGAUCGUUCAAGAUAGAGAUGAACAUCGAUGUUGUAGACAUUCAGCAAGAGCUUAUCUGCGGGACAUUCGAGAUACAUAACCUUACGGAUAGAUACGAGCUUCUUACAACAUACUUCGAGGGAGAAAUAAUCGGGAACAUCUAUCCGUUCACAACCGAGGAGUACUCGAUGACGAAUCCAGACAUAAUACAUUGGAAGCUCUUCCCCGAGUGGAGGGGGGAGUAUGUCUACAAGCCCGGGUCUUACGACAUCAAGAAAAGCAACUUCAUGUACAUCAAGAUCAAGGAGCUGUUCCUGCUCCCCGACCCCAGGCUCAAAAGUAUACCUGGGGCAUCCAUUGAUGGGCAUUACUAUUGCUGCUACUACAAGAACCUCGAUUGCUUUGCAGGCCACUACUACUACAAAAACACAUCGAACCUAAUAUCCCAGCAGGUGCUUCUCGAUAGAGUAUUUCCAAGGAAGUCAAGAAGCAAGUCAUUUAGCAGAUGA